UCCGUAAAACCUCUGCAAACGGUCAAGUUAGGUCCAACCUCCAACUCUCUCCCUCUCUCUUCCUUCAACAAAAAAAGUUGGUUGAAGUUCUCCCUUCUCCUUCACAACUAACUCUUUCUCCUUCUCUACUUAGUUCAAUCGUCACUCCUCAUUCUCUCCUCUCAUCUUGAACUCAUUUCAAUGGGGGACUUACGGUUAGAUCUCGACUCGACAACGUCGGAGACGAUAUCGCCUUCUUCGUCCUUCACCACCGAGACUUCCAUGAUAUCGAAACUCUCUGUUCGAAACCUCUCCUACACGAUCCACCCGAAGCCCAACCUGCCCAAGCCCAUCAAGCCCAAGCCCAGGCCCAUCAACGUCCUCAAGUCGGUCUCCUUCACCGCCACGAUCGAGAUCCUGGCCAUCGUGGGCCCCAGCGGUGCCGGCAAGUCGACCCUCCUCAGGGUAAUCUCCGGUCGCACGAGCAGAUCGAAGUUCGACGUGUCUCUCAACGGCCAGGCGUUAGCACGUCCUUCGCAGCUCCGAAGGGUCUGCGGUUUCGUUACGCAGGACGAUAACCUGCUGCCUCUGCUCACUGUGAGGGAGACUCUCAUGUUCAGCGCAAAAUUUCGACUGAAAAGAUUGAGCUCGAAAGAGCGAGAAGAGAGGAUCAAUGCGUUAAUGCUCGAGCUUGGGCUCGACCACAUUUCCAACAGUUAUGUCGGAGACGAAGAGAGGAGGGGGGUUUCGGGUGGAGAGCGCAAACGCCUAUCAAUAGCUGUCGAUGUGAUCCACGACCCUCCGAUAUUGCUCCUCGACGAGCCUACUUCAGGCCUGGAUAGCUCGUCUGCGCUCCAAGUUAUCGAGCUUUUGAACUCAAUGGCGCGGAUGAGGAACCAGAUAUUGAUUCUGACGAUUCAUCAGCCUAGCUAUCGUAUCAUCCGACAUAUAUCGACAUUCUUACUUCUAUCUCGCGGCAAAGUCGCACAUUUCGGUACCCUCGACUCGCUCAAAGAGUCCAUAACGGAGUUAGGAUUCAAAAUAUCCGUUCAAAUCAACCCUCUAGAGUUCGCGAUGGAGAUUGCAAAACAAUUGGAAUCACACAAUGCUGUGAAACCUGAUGUUAUAGCCUACAAGGCUCCUACCAGCGAAAUCUCCGAUUUCAACGACGAAGCAGAAUACGCUUAUUGUUCGAGGGUGGACGAGGUGAUCUCACUCUCUUGCAGGUUCUUCAAGAUCAUGUACCGAACCAAAGAAUUAUUCUUGGCGAGGACAAUGCAGGCCAUAGUAGGUGGCCUCGGCCUAGGCAGCGUGUUCCUAAACGUCAAAUUCAACCAAGACGGGAUCGCAGAGAGGCUAGGCCUCUUUGCCUUCAGCCUCAGCUUCCUCCUCUCGUCCACGGUCGAAGCCCUGCCAAUAUUCCUCCAAGAGCGACGAGUCCUUAUGCGCGAGUCCUCGCGCAGGAUGUACCGUCUGUCAUCUUACAUGUUAGCAAACACACUAGUAUUCGCUCCGUUCUUGCUCGUGGUGGCGCUUCUUUUCUCCGUUCCAGUGUACUGGCUCGUCGGGCUCAAUCCAUCUUUCACCGUGUUCAUGUUCUUCGUGUUGAUCGUGUGGAUGAUCAUCAUGAUGGCGAGCUCGCUGGUGCUGUUCCUUAGCGCGAUAUCCCCUGAUUUCAUACUGGGUAACUCGCUGAUAUGCAUGUUUCUCGCCGUGUUCUUCCUCUUCUCGGGGUAUUUCAUACCCAAGGAGAGUAUACCCAAGUACUGGAUAUUCAUGUACUAUGUCUCGCUGUAUCGGUAUCCACUGGACGCGAUGCUGAUCAACGAGUACUGGAAUUACAAAGAUCGGUGUUUCUCCUGGGGAGAUGACGGGAAUGGGGGGCCAAUUUGUGAAUUGAGAGGGGCUGAUGUGCUUAAAAAUAGGGGGCUUGAGAAGGACACGAGGUGGGUGAAUGUGGGGAUAAUGUGCGGAUUUUUCUUGGUUUAUCGCUUGUUGUGUUGGAUUGUUCUUGUGAGGAAAGCUGCAAGGACUAAAUUAUAGAGGGGUGUCUGUGCAUGAUUGAUUUGUAUGAAUAAUUGCAGGCGUAAUUUGUGUUUUAGGACUUCAUCCAAAAGAUUGCCUUCGUGCAUAACGCCGUGCUAUAUUGCUAGAUUCAAAUUAUCAACUUUGUUAGCUCUAACAUGUCAGUAUUUACUUCCGUCACACGAAGGUAAAACUAAGGUACAUGUAUGACUCGCUUUAAAUCGGUACA